AUGGUUGACAUGAACUAUACCGAUACAGCAAGCUUCAAAGCCCGCAUGUGGCCGCCGCACCUAUACCCGGCCAUCAACCAUGCAACCACAGUACGACAGCGAUGCAGCCAAACAACUAAACGUUCUGCUUCGAUAGCUCCCACGCGAUGUAAGCACCCAACAAAUGCCGCAAUGCGGCGAAAGUCGUUCGCUUGCUCUAAGGACGAACAGGUCCUGCGCCGCAUCAACGACAUAAUCGGAUUCGUAGACACCAUGGACACGACCAAAAAAGAUAUAACCAGUGACGACAGGAGCACUUGUGAUUCGCAAACUGGCAUUUCAGACCAGGUGCCGGCGUCGAAUCUCGUAAAAUUGCUCUCCUCAAGGCUGCAUGAGUUAAGCAAACUGAACCAGAGCAGACGGACAGCAAAAUCGAGAUUGGCGAACCCCGUUGAUAAUGGCAUCAAGGCUACGGGGCAUGUUGCAAUGUCUGGUGUUGCCAGCAAUACUGCGUUAAGUCAUUGGGGUGCGGGUGGAAGCGCAUUGGCUGGCGGAAAAUGCCACGACGGGAACCACCGUAGGGAGUAUCACGGGGCAAAUAUGGCAUGGCCCUACCGCGCUGCAACUUUGUACAAGCGACCCGUAAUCAACAUAUCGUCCGCAAAAGCAGAUGCGGCGAUCUUAAAAGAGGCUGCAAAAAGACUGAGGUGGGACACAUGUGAAGUUGGAGCAGGUGGCGACAUAUUCUGGUUCUCCACUUGCUUCACGGAGCGCAUGCUCAAAGAUCAAAGCAAGGCGCUAUUUGGAAUAACCUAUAAGAAGGUCAUCGUCAACAGAUUUGCAAACAUACAGGCAGCAACGCGAAAGUCGUUGUUUGCAUGCCUAACAGACAUCUACGUCAGGUACACGGAAGACGACCCCUGUCUUUACAGUUUGGCAACAUGCCCAAAGACAUAUCUCUUUCCCAAAUGCAACAGAAAGGUCUUGAGUGAGAUGCGGAGUGGCAUCCCGAUGAUACUCAAGCCGUCCACGGGCUCUAUGGGAAACGGUAUCAAGGUCGUCACCUGCCCAGAGCGGAUACCGCAGACCAUAGCAAGGGGCGACAACUACAUUUGCCAGGUAUACAUCGCGCGGCCGAUGCUGCUAAAUGGCAGGAAAUUUGAUUUUAGGCUAUACAUGGUUAUCACUAACAUAGGGGGAGGGUUUCACGCGCUGCUCUCCACGCUGGGACUCGCCCGCGUAUGCAUCCACCCGUACCAGCUGCCAGACAGCAACAACUGCAAUGAUAAGUUCAUGCACCUCACGAACUACUCGAUUAACCGGCACCACGCGCGGUUCCAGAGAAGCGCCGACGUUGAUGACAACGCGGGGCACAAGCGCACAAUGAGGUCGGUGCUUGACACCCUCAGCACGACCCACGGCAUCAAUAGCAACGAAAUAUGGGCGAAAAUGGUAACACUGAGCGAAGCGGCUGUGUCUAUACUCUAUCCAACUGUGCAAAUAAAUUCGGACCCCAGCGACGCCUACAGCUUCCAAAUCAUGGGCCUGGAUGUGCUCCUCGACGAAGAUGGUAAAAUGUGGCUUUUGGAGAUUAACGCUAACCCGAGCCUACAGUACAUGUACCACGAGAACGACACCGUAAAAUACGAUGUGGUGGAUCAACACGUCAAAGUGUCGCUCGUGGAGGAGUGUCUAAAGCUGGCGCACAGGCUCCGCUGCGGAAGCACAAACAAAGAAGAGAUGCAAGCAUGGAUCGAGCUUCGCGUGCGCAUACCGCCGGAAAUAGGCGAUGUUACUGCACUGUUCGCGGAAUACAAAAGCAAGUAUAAGGAGGAAGACAUACAGUGUGACGAUUGGUUACGCUUCUGCAAAGAUAACGGUCUGGUCGCAGCCAUGCAAGAUUCCAUUCAGAGCGAGCACGGAAACAAGGCGAGCAACGGCAAAAUCGACCUGCAAGAGACAAAAAAGAUCAUGAAAAACAUAUUCCUGCGCACGCACACACGCCGAAGCUUGAACGGGUUUCCCGAGUUCCUCAGUCACAUGGAAGCGAUCGCGACGUUUAUUUACAAGAAAAUGAAAUACAAAGAUCCCGAGCAGCUGGUAGCGGAGGUCGAGACAGAAGUGCAAUCAGCAGAUUCGCAAAACCGUAGACGCGACCACCACAACAUACGUCCAGCGGCUUGCCUCCGCAAACUAGUAGAUCACAUGCAAUUCUAUACCGACUUUAGAGUCUAG